AUGCGGGUGGUGCUUUUGUCCUUGGGUUUGCUGUGUCUGGUUGGGCUGUCGGUUGGGCAGGAUGCGCUGUCGGUUGGGCAGGAUACGAGAAGGACUUUCUUCGACUUUUUCUUAGACGUGGAGAACAAACUGCAGAAUGCACGUAUCGUUGGUGGUUCGACAGUGUCCAUCGCUCGGUACCCGUUCGUCGUGUCAUUGCGACGAUACUCGAACCACAUUUGCUCGUCGUCAGUGAUUUCGACCUACUACGCCGCCACCAGCGCUCACUGUACGUACGCGUUUAAAACUUUAACCGGGGUGACCAUUUACGGUGGUAGCACUAGCCGGACGACCGGCGGUAAAGUGUUCGUAGUACUCAACAACUUCAUCCAUCCGGACUACGAUCCAGACACGUUCGAUUUUGAUGUGGCCGUGCUGCAGGUGAAGACACCGUUCACGCCUAACACCAACAUUGCUGCUAUACCGUUGGCGCCCGUUGGUUACACCGUUCCCGACCGGGUGAUGCCCACCGUCACCGGAUGGGGUCGCACAUCGUCCGGUGGAGCACUAUCCCCUUCGCUGCGCGCAGUAUCGAUCCCCAUCGUUAGUACCAGCACGUGUGCAUCGCUAUGGAAUGCGGCAACGAUCACGGACAAUAUGCUGUGCGCCGGUUCCAAAGGAAAGGACGCCUGUACGGGUGACAGCGGUGGAGCGCUGGUGGUACCGACGACCAACUACUUCCUCCUUCUCGGCAUGGUAUCGUGGGGUUCGGCCUCGUGUGGCAGUGAAUUCCCGGGCGUAUAUGUUCGCGUGCCAUCAACAAGCAUUCAAAGCUUUUUAACGAAAUAUGUAUGA